CAUUGCACCUUUGUCAACUCUCUGACUCUGUCUAUCUCCCUCCAUGGAGUAGUUAGGACCUAAUUUUGUCUCCACUUAUUCCAUAUAUUGCCUCGUUUGGAAGAUGUGCCACUGAUUAAGCUGGUGAAAGAAAUCAUGAUGAACAUGUCAUGAAAAAAAGAACAUUGAAUUUAUAUUUUCCUUCCCAAAAGAGAGUUUGUUAAAUUGUUUCUCUGGCGAGAUGUUUAGUGUCAUUAGAAGAAAACUCCGGCACCUUUAUUCAAGGAUACUGUGGCUACUAUGGAAGCGCCCCAGGUCUAAAGUUGUGAUCAAAAGGUUUAGAAAAUUGAACUUUAAGGGUCACCACCCCAGAGCAAAAUUGAGUAAAAACAAAUCUAGAAGUGACUCAAAUGGCCUAUUGGUUGAGUCUGAAUCUGGAAGGCCUAUUAGGAUUGCUACAUUCAAUGUUGCCAUGUUUUCACUUGCACCUGCUGUUUCAGAAUUUGAUGAAUGGGUUGUCUCCAAUCAUGAGCAUAGUUCUAAGAAGAAGAAUCUCGCAAAGGGUGACUUUCCCAAGAGUAUACUGAAGCAAUCUCCAUUGCAUGCCUCUCUGAACAAAGCUCAGAGUCUUUCUGACUCCAACAUUCUGCCACGUUCAAAUUUGAAGGUUUCUAUUAAUCUUCCCGAGAAUGAGAUUUCAUUGGCAAAUAGUAAAGAGGGCACAUCAGAUAGAAUUAUGGGAAAUGUUUCUGGCAGGCAUCAGGUCCCUGCAAGGUCUCCUGUGUGUUUUCCUUUCAUUAUGAACUACUGUGAGGGCAGUGAGAGAUUCGCAAGCAGCAGAAGCAUCCUGGAAGUUCUGAGGGAGAUUGAUGCUGAUGUGAUGGCCCUGCAGGAUGUGAAAGCAGAAGAAGAGAAGAACAUGAAGCCUCUUUCUGAUUUAGCAGCUGCCUUGGGGAUGAAAUAUGUGUUUGCUGAGAGUUGGGCUCCAGAAUAUGGAAAUGCCAUCUUAUCCAAAUGGCCAAUUAAGAAGUGGAAAGUUCAAAAGAUUGCUGAUGAUAAUGAUUUCAGGAAUGUUUUGAAGGCUACAAUUGAUGUGCCUUGGGCUGGAGAAAUAAAUUUGCAUUCUACUCAGCUUGACCACUUAGAUGAGAAUUGGAGAAUGAAACAAGUGCAGGAAAUAUUUCGCUCCAAUGACACUCCCCAUAUCUUAGCAGGAGGUCUCAAUUCACUAUAUGGAGCAGAUUACUCAUCUGAGAGAUGGACAGAUAUUUUUAAUUACUAUGAGAAACUCGGAAAGCCUAGGCCAAGGUCAGAAGUCAUGAACUUCAUGAAAUCCAAAGGCUAUAUCGAUGCAAAGGAUUAUGCAGGAGAAUGUGAGCCCAUUGUCAUCAUUGCUAAAGGCCAAAAUGUGCAGGGGACAUGCAAGUAUGGCACAAGAGUGGAUUACAUUCUGGCUUCCCCAAACUCUCCAUACAAGUACGUGCCAGGGUCCUACUCAGUGAUUUCUUCAAAAGGAACUUCUGAUCAUCAUAUAGUGAAAGUGGACAUUGUGAGAGUAAAUGCAUCUGCUCAGAAAAAUGUCAUGAGACAGUGCAGAAAACUAAAGAGUAAGGUUGUGAAAAUAACACCACCAUGUUCUGCAACAGGUGUAAGGGAAUCAACCCCACCUACCAAAAUACUUGUACCAUAGGAAAAUUAUGUGACGGAAGUGAUGAGGCAUAUUUUGAUGAACAGUGUGUUUUCUGUUAGCUGUGAAGUUAAAACGGCAUGGCCAUGCAAUAGAGUUUGACAUUUUCUAGUGCCUGCAUUAUGUGUAAAGUACUGCAUUAAUACUGCCCUUUACCCUUUUCUUUUGUUUGUCCCUGUCUGCAUAUAAAUAAUUCAUCUCAGGAUGUGAUCAUUCCUAUGUAAUAUCCCUCCACUGCAACAACAUUUUGCAUCA